AUGGCCCAGGUAGCAGUAUCAACCCUGCCAAUGGGAGGUGAGGAGUCCUCAGAGAACAGGAUGGUGGUGACGUUCCUCAUGUCGGCUCUGGAGUCAAUGUGUAAAGAACUGGCCAAGUCCAAGGCCGAAGUGGCCUGCAUCGCAGUGUAUGACGCGGACGUGUUUGUCGCUGGAACUGAGAAAGGACGCACCUUUAUAAACGCCAGGAUGGAUUUUCAGAAUGAUUUUGCAAAAUACUGCGUCGCCGAAGAGCUGCAGGAGAUGAAACCCCCGUGCUCCAAGGAGGGGAUGCAGGCCGACUCAGGAGAGACCGAAACCCUCCGAAACGCAGUGAAGGACUGUUUCCGCGGCUGUUAUGGUAAAGCCUUGGGCACUACGGCAAUGGUCCCCGUUCCCUACGAGAAGAUGCUGAGAGACCAGUCGGCUGUGGUCGUGCAGGGGCUUCCUGAGGGAGUUGUCUUCCAACAUCCUGACAGUUACGACCUCGCGACCCUGAAAUGGAUUCUGGAGAACAAAGCUGGGAUUUCGUUCAUCAUUAACAGGCCUGUCCUGGACCCAGCACAUGAACUUGGUAGCGGUGUGAUGGUACCAGACGCUAAAAGAGUAGCCACGUUGCCAGGUGAAAGUUGUGGCCCCACCCGAGUGAAAACUGAGCCCACGGAAGAUUCUGGAAUUUCACUGAAGGCAGCCACAGUGUCAGUCAAGAAGGAAUCAGAAGACCCCCGGUACUAUCCGUGUAAUUUUCAAGGGAGCCAUCAUUCUUCCUCUGGCAAUGAAGUGAUAGAAACGGAGUUACCAAUGGAAGGUUCUACUCAGGGUGUCCCUUCAGAAGCAAACCAGGAGGCCGAAGGUGAGGUGAAGGUGGAAGGAAUCUCAAAUUCAUCUGGUUGUACGCAUUCAGCGGCCCGCGUCGAGGAUCUUAACAUCGUUCAGGUGACAGUUGCAGAUAAUGAGAAGGAAAGAUUGUCAAGUGCUGAAAAGAUUAAACAGCUAAGAGAACAAGUCAAUGAGCUCUUCAGCCGAAAAUUUGGUGAGGCAAUUGGAGUGGAUUUCCCUGUGAAAGUUCCCUACAGGAAGAUCACCUUCAACCCUGGCUGCGUGGUGGUGGAUGGCUUGCCCCCUGGGGUGGCCUUCAAAGCCCCCGGCUACCUGGAAAUCAGCUCCAUGCGGAGGAUCUUGGAUGCUGCCGAGUUUAUCAAGUUCACAGUCAUUCGACCGCUUCCAGGAGUUGAGCUUAGUAACGUGGGAAAACGAAAGAUAGACCAAGAGGGCCGUGUGUUUCAAGAAAAGUGGGAGAGAGCGUACUUCUUCAUGGAAGUGCAGAACACCCCUACCUGUCUGAUAUGCAAACAGAGCAUGUCCGUGUCCAAAGAGUACAACCUAAGGCGCCAUUAUCAGACCAACCACAGUAAGCACUUCGACCAGUACACCGAGGAGAUGCGCGACGAGAAGCUUCGCGAGCUGAAGAAGGGGCUCACGGAGUACCUCUUGGGGUCAGCAGACGUCACGCGUCCCGAGCAGAACCAAGCACUCGCAAGUGUGAGUCCAGCAGAAAACGCUGUCGUGCAGCCCGUCGAAGACGUGGCUUGGAAUUUGUGGGAGAAGUUACGUGAGAAAAUCAGAUCAUUUGUGGCAUAUUCUAUCGCGAUUGACGAGAUCAGAGAUACCAACAAUACCACCCAGUUGGCCAUCUUCAUCCGUGGUGUCGAUGAGAACUUCGAUGUAUCAGAAGAACUUUUGGAUACGGUGCCCAUGACAGGUACAAAAUCUGGAAAUGAGAUAUUUUUACGAGUGGAGAAAAGUCUUAAAAAGUUUAACAUCGACUGGUCAAAAUUAGUAAGUGUGGCGUCCACGGGCACUCCUUCGAUGGUCAAUGUCAACGAUGGACUUGUCACAAAGCUGAAGUCCAAGGUGGCGAUGUCUUGCAAGGGCUCCGAUCUUAAGUCUGUUUGCUGCAUCAUUCACCAGGAAUCGCUCUGUGCUCAGAAGUUAAAGAUGGACCACGUCAUGGACGUGGUGGUUAACUCGGUGAACUGGAUAUGCUCUCGUGGCCUGAACCACAGAGAGUUCACAACGUUGCUGUACGAACUGGACAACCAAUAUGGCAGCCUCUUGUACUACACAGAGAUUAAGUGGCUGAGCCGUGGCUUGGUGCUGAAGAGAUUUUUCGAAUCAUUGAAAGAGAUCGACUCAUUCAUGUUAUCCAAAGGCAAACCCAUGCCACAGCUGAGCUGCACCGACUGGAUCAAAGACUUGGCUUUUCUGGUUGACAUGACGACGCAUCUCAACACCUUGAACAUAGCUCUCCAAGGGCAUUCACAAAUAGUUACGCAAAUGUACGACUUGAUUCGGGCCUUCCUAGCCAAACUGUGCCUUUGGGAAACUCAUCUGGCAAGAAAUAACCUGGCCCACUUUCCCACCCUGAAAUCGGUUUCCAGACACGAAAGCGACGGCCUGAACUACAUCCCCAAGAUUGCAGAAUUGAAGACAGAGUUCCAGAAGAGGCUGGCGGACUUCAAGCUCUACGAAAGUGAGCUGACCCUGUUCAGCUCCCCCUUCUCCAUGAAGAUUGACAGCGUGCAGGAGGAGCUUCAGAUGGAAAUUAUCGAUCUGCAGUGCAACACGGUCCUGAAGACCAAGUACGACAAGGUGGGCAUCCCGGAAUUCUACAAGCACCUCUGGAGCAGCUACCCGAAGUAUAAACGCCACUGUGCCAAGAUCCUGUCCAUGUUCGGGAGCACUCACAUUUGCGAACAGCUGUUCUCUAUCAUGAAACUCAGCAAGAGCGAGUGCCCCUCCCAGCUCAAGGGCUCCCAGUGGGACUCCGUCCUGCACAUGGCAACGUGA